AAAUGUAAAUGUAGUAUAUUUAAUUUCCAGUGGUCUGACUAUCUAUGGGGUGAUGCGUUAGAAUUUAAAUGGUGUAGCAUUACUUAAGUCUAAUGGGGCUGCUGGAUAAACUGUCGGGCUGGCUCGGCCUGAGGAAGAAAGAGGUCAACGUUUUGUGUUUGGGACUGGACAACAGCGGCAAAACUACCAUCAUCAACCAACUCAAACCGUCUAAUCAUUCGAAUCAUUUAGGCCCAUUGUCAGAGGAGUGGAAACAUGUUAGUCAGACACAGGCACAAGAAAUAGUCCCAACAAUUGGCUUCAACAUUGAAAAGUUCAAGAGUUCAAGCUUAUCUUUUACAGUGUUUGAUAUGUCUGGGCAGAGCAGAUAUAGAAAUCUAUGGGAGCAUUACUACAAAGAGAGCCAUGCCAUCAUAUUUGUCAUUGACAGCGGUGACAAACUGAGAAUGGUUGUUGCCAAAGAGGAGCUGGAUACCCUUCUCAAUCACGAAGAUAUCCGCAACAAAAAGAUGCCAGUAUUGUUUUUUGCUAACAAGACGGAUCUACGGGAUGCCAUGUCUUCAGUCAAGGUCUCACAGAUGUUGUGUUUGGAGAACAUCAAAGACAAACCCUGGCACAUCUGUGCCAGCAAUGCUAUUAAGGGAGAGGGCCUACAGGAAGGGCUGGACUGGCUACAAGAUCAUAUCAAAACAAUGAGCACAUGAACGACUGAAAUGCCUGUGACCAUGGACGCGAUGUGGGUGUGGUAACCGGAUCUCAUUUACCACCUGGAGUAUUCAUCACACUUGAUGUUGUAGGCCUUAAACGUCAAUGUUAAAUGACCUAGUACUUCCUGUGCACGCUACGACUUUGACACAAUGUCUUUGAUAAAACAAACUCCUGCCAUUAGUACAAUUUAUGAGCAACCACUCUGUAAAAUGAUUAUUUAAAGCAGCUACUACCUAUGUUAUAAUUCAUUACUGACAUCGAUGAGAAUACAGUCUGAAUAACAUACCGGAAAUGUGCUUAAUAUUGUUUCAGUAUACAGUCAUAUUUAAACAUUUUUAUGUGAAGCUGCUUUUUUAUGCCAAGAUGUAUUUAACAAAUUUCAUCAACUGAACUUUUUUUUUUUUUUAGAAAAUGCUGUCAGUGCUGGCUGUUGUAUUGCCUGGACGAUAAUAAAAGCUUGUUAUUUGCUGAGCGUG